UCCCCCAGCGGCCCACUGCUAUUAUGGGCCUGUGUCCUCAUCCUCUAACGCCUUUCCUGGCCUGAGGCCUGUCCUCGGAGUCCGGCCUGGCUGAGGGGAGACCCGCAACAUGUGUGGCAUAUGUGUACACGUGUGUGCAUUGUGUGUAUGUGCCUGUGAGAGCAUGAGGAACAACAUGAGGCUGUGUGUGUGCCAGGGUGGGUGUGCGGUUCAUUGUGUGGGGGAGGUGUGCAGAGGCUCGUGACUGUGUGCCCCUGGAGAACUGUUCCAAGUAUGUGCUGUGUGUGCCAGCUGUGUGGACCAGUGAUGCAGGUGUGGGAGUGUGCCUGUGUGCACCUGGGCCAAGGUGGGAGCUUAGUUCAGGCAUGUGUGGAGAGGAGCUGGUGUGCAACAGACUGCAGAGGGAGGGUGGCACGGGAGGCCGCAGGAGAGGCCACCUCCUGGCCUCAUGAAGGUCCCAGGGGUGUGGGCCCACUGUCCCACCCUGGGCCAUCACGGUAGCCCUGGGGCAGUGAAGGUCAGCCAAGGGCCCCUCCCAGCCCUUGUGUAAGGUACUCAGAGUGAUGCCGUGCUGGCAUCCGAGAGGCAGCCAGUGCACAGUGCUGUCUUUGGCCAAAGUUACACGUUAACUCAUCCUGUUCUUGUUUAACUUGCUCCCUGGGGAUGGUGGCAGCCUCUGACCCAUCCUGGCACCCUGACUGACCCACCACAAGGACAGAGAGUGAGUUCUGCCUGGCCCUUGGGGUCCAGUCUGCUUGGCUGAGGAGCCCGUGGAGCCAGGGGUGGCACCGUGCCCAGCCUGCCCGAGGAGGCCCUGGACAGACCAUGGCAGGUGUCUGCGACAGGGCCCCCGACUUCCUCUCCCCUUCUGGAAACCAGGUCUUGGGGCCUGCCUUGGGCAGUGUGGCCAGCCUGAACUGCACAGCCUGGGUGGUCUCUGGGCCCCACUGUCCCCUGCCCUCAGUCCAGUGGCUAAAAGAUGGGCUGCCGCUGAACAAUGGAAGCCACUAUGACCUCCAUGAGGCCUCCUGGGUCAAGGCCAACUUGUCAGAGGUGCUUGUGUCCAGUGUCCUGGGUAUCAACCUGACCAGUGCUGAGGACUAUGGGGCCUUCACCUGCUCGGUCCAGAAUGUCAGCUCCUUCUCCUUCACUCUUUGGAGAGCUGGCCCGGUGAGCCACUUGGCUGCAGUGCUGGCCUCACUCCUGGUCCUGCUGGUCCUGCUUCUGGCCGCGCUGUUCUACGUGAAGUGUCGACUCAACGUGCUACUCUGGUACCAGGACACGUACGGGGAGGUGGAGGUUAACGACGGGAAGCUCUACGACGCCUACGUCUCCUACAGCGACAGCCCUGAGGAUCGGAAGUUCGUGAACUUCAUCCUGAAGCCGCAGCUGGAGCGGCGUCGGGGCUACAAGCUCUUCCUGGACGACCGCGACCUCUUGCCGCGUGCAGAGCCCUCUGCAGACCUGCUAGUGAACUUGAGCCGCUGCCGGCGUCUCAUCGUGGUGCUGUCGGACGCCUUCCUCAGCCGGGCCUGGUGCAGCCACAGCUUUCGGGAGGGCCUGUGCCGGCUGCUGGAGCUCACGCGCAGACCCAUCUUCAUCACCUUUGAGGGCCAGCGGCGCGAUCCCGCGCACCCUGCGCUGCACCUGCUGCGUCAGCACCGCCACCUGGUGACCCUGCUGCGCUGGAAGCCCGGCUCCGUGACACCUUCCUCCGAUUUUUGGAAGGAGCUCCAGUUGGCACUGCCCCGGAAGGUGCAGUACAAAGCGAUGGAAGGGGACCCCCAGACCCGCCUGCAGGAUGACAAGGACCCUAUGCUGGUUGUGCGAGGCCGCCUUCCAGAGGGUGGUACCCUGGACCCAGAGCUCGACCCCGACCCCGAGGGGGACCUGGGUGUCCGAGGGCCUGUCUUUGGGAAGCCAUCAGCUCCACCAUGUGCAACUGGGGUCUCGCUCGGAGAGGGCCGGGUUAGCGAGGUGGACGUCUCGGACCUUGGCUCCCGCAACUACAGCGCCCGCACGGACUUCUACUGCCUGGUGUCCAAGGACGACAUGUAGCCCCCUCCCCCCACCUGUGCCAGAGCCACAGGAUGCCAGGGACAGCUGAGAGUGGGACCUGGAGCCCAGCCUGCCUGCAGCCCUGGGACCCUUGGGGAAGAGGAGUGGUCCUUCCUUGUGCCAGAAAAUAAAGUCGUUUUGG